GAGACCUUGAUCCUUCUUCAUAUCCAGCCAUGUCGGGCAUCCUGAGCAAGAUGAAGAAGCUGGGUAGCUCAGACCUGGAGGAAUCUGAAACCACAGACGAACACAUGGAUGGUGAAGACUCUGCAGUGGGUAUGCCCAACAGCACCAAGGCAAUCAAGCACAGCAUCUUUGCAAGACGGGCACGGUUUGGGAUCGGAGACGGGGACAAAGAUAUGGCUCCCAUGGAUUCCUUCUACCAUAUGGAGCACCUGGGGUCCAAUCCCAUCAUCAAGUUCAGCCUCAGCUUGGAAAGAGGGCGGUGUGGGAACCAUUGUCCCAAGCUGCUCUCCACGGCAUCCAUCGGGGUACGGGCCGGGAAGGCCUUCAGGAUCUACGACCGAAGGAGUCUCUUCGACGCCGUGGCCCAGGGGGAUCCCAGCAUGCUGGAUGAUUUGCUGGUCUACCUUCUGGAGUCACUGAAACAGCUGACCGACGAGGAGUUUAAAGAGCCAGACACCGGGAAGACCUGCCUGCUGAAAGCCAUGCUCAACCUCCACCACGGACGGAACGACACCAUCCCUCUUUUGCUGGAGAUUGCGGAGAAAACCCAGAACCUGAAGGAAUUUGUGAACGCCGGCUACACAGACAGCUAUUACAAGGGUCAGACGGCCCUCCACAUCGCCAUCGAGAGGCGCAACCUGUACCUGGUGAAUCUCUUGGUCAAGAACGGGGCGGACAUCCACGUGAGAGCCCACGGGGAGUUCUUCCAGAAGAUCAAGGGGAAGCCUGGAUUUUAUUUCGGAGAGCUUCCCCUCUCUCUAGCCGCCUGCACCAACCAGCUCAACAUCGUCAAGUACCUGCUGGAGAACCCCUACCACCCCGCCAACAUCGCCGAGCAGGACUCGAUGGGGAACACCAUCCUCCACGCCCUUGUGGAGAUCGCUGACGACACUGAGGACAACACCAAGUUUGUCACCAAGAUGUACAACGAGGUCCUCAUCCUGGGGGCCAGGAUCAACCCCACUCUUAGGCUGGAAGAAAUCGUCAACCGCAGGGGGCUGACCCCGCUCACCCUGGCAGCCAAGACGGGGAAGAUACAGGUCUUCGCCUACAUCCUCCGGCGGGAGAUGAAGGAGCCGGAAUGUCGCCACCUGUCUCGCAAGUUCACCGAGUGGGCCUACGGACCCGUCCACUCGUCGCUCUAUGACCUCUCCAGCAUCGACACCUGUGAGAAGAACUCCGUCCUGGAGAUCAUCGCUUACAGCAGCGAGACACCGAAUCGCCACGAAAUGCUCCUGGUAGAGCCGCUCAACCAGCUUCUGCAGGACAAGUGGGACCGAUUUGUGAAGCACCUCUUCUACUUGAACUUCUUCAUUUACACGGCGCAUAUUCUCAUCUUCACCGUAGCUGCCUACUACAGACCCACCAAGAAACAAGGAAAGGGCGUCCACAGGGAAGGGGUCAAAAAAGUCAAGAUGACCACAGCAUCCGCAUAA